AUGGGUUGUGGAAGCUCGAAACCCGCCGAGGCGGACAAGGAAGCUCUGUCGCGUAAUGCUCGGAUCGACCGGGUGAUUAAAAAUGAUAAGAAGACAAUGGACCGGACGAUCAAGAUUCUGCUACUAGGUGCUGGAGAGUCGGGCAAGUCCACUAUCAUCAAACAGAUGCGCAUCAUUCACAGCGGAGGGUUUCCCGAGGAAGAGCGGUAUCAAACGCGUGCGGUCAUUUACUCCAAUCUCGUCGUUGCGUUCAAAGUUCUUCUGGACAUCAUGGCUUCGGAAGCCAUUGACUUUGAACAUGCAGGUACCAAAAUCUCGGCGGAUCUGUUAGAAGGCACCGAAGCGGAUGUCGGGUGUGAGGAGGCCUUUUCGAACCUGAAGGUCCGCGAUGCCAUGAGAAACAUGUGGAACGACUCGGGCGUCCAAAGGGCCGUCGCGCGAGGACACGAGUUUGCUCUGCAUGACAAUCUCUACUACUUUUAUGAAUCAUUAGAUCGCAUCUUCAAGCCCAAUUGGCUUCCAGACAAUCAGGACAUGCUGCAAGCGCGUCUCCGAACGACGGGUAUCACCGAAACCUUGUUCGAAUUGGGUCAGAUGAACUUCCGCAUGAUGGAUGUCGGAGGACAAAGAUCGGAGCGAAAGAAGUGGAUUCACUGCUUCGAAGGCGUGCAAUGUUUGCUGUUCAUGGUCGCACUAUCGGGAUACGACCAAUGUCUGGUCGAAGAUCAAAACGCGAACCAAAUGCACGAGGCAAUGAUGUUGUUUGAAUCGCUAGUCAACGGCGAGUGGUUCAAGCGCAAGCCCAUCAUCCUCUUCUUGAACAAGAUGGAUUUAUUCAAGGGAAAGCUGGAGAUUUCCUCCAUUUCGAAGCACUUCCCAGACUAUACCGGCUCUGACACGGACUUUGACGCCGCGGUGCGAUAUUUCUCGGACCGAUUCCGCGGCAUCAACCGGAUACCAGAUCGCGAGAUUUACAUCCAUCGAACCAACGCCACUGAUACCACGUUGCUGAAAGCCACCAUGGAUUCAGUGCAAGACAUGAUCAUCCAGAAGAAUCUCCACACCCUGAUUUUGUGA